CCCGCGUCGUAUUGCGCCUGUGCGCCAGUGGUGAGCGCCCAGGCCUCUGGGUAGGUGGCUGUAUCCCGCCCCUCAGUUGAAGGCUCUGACGGCUGCUUCAGCGGCGCCGCUCCUUUGAGGAUGGCUGCCCUGGUUGUAAACAAGCCUGGAACGGGACUAGACAGUGGCCGUCAGGGCAGCCGGGGGACGGCCGUGGUGAAGGUGCUGGAGUGUGGAGUUUGUGAAGAUGUCUUUUCUUUGCAAGGAGACAAAGUCCCUCGCCUUCUUCUUUGUGGCCACACGGUCUGUCAUGACUGCCUCACUCGCCUGCCUCUUCAUGGAAGAGCAAUCCGUUGCCCUUUUGAUCGACAAGUGACAGACUUAGGAGAUUCAGGUGUCUGGGGAUUGAAAAAAAAUUUUGCUUUAUUGGAGCUUUUGGAACGACUGCAGAAUGGACAUAUUGGUCAGUAUGGUGCUGCAGAAGAAGCCAUUGGGAUAUCUGGAGAGAGCAUCAUUCGUUGCGAUGAAGAUGAAGCUCACGUUGCCUCUGUAUAUUGCACUGUAUGUGCAACUCACCUGUGCUCAGAGUGUUCCCAAGUUACCCAUUCUACAAAGACAUUAGCCAAGCACAGGCGAGUGCCUCUAGCUGAUAAACCUCAUGAGAAAACCAUGUGCUCUCAGCAUCAGGUGCAUGCCAUUGAGUUUGUUUGCUUGGAAGAAGGCUGUCAAACUAGCCCACUUAUGUGCUGUGUCUGCAAAGAAUAUGGAAAACACCAAGGUCACAAGCAUUCAGUAUUGGAACCAGAAGCUAACCAGAUCCGAGCAUCAAUUUUAGAUAUGGCUCAUUGCAUACGGACCUUCACUGAGGAAAUAUCAGAUUAUUCCAGAAAAUUAGUUGGAAUCGUUCAGCACAUUGAAGGAGGAGAACAAAUAGUGGAAGAUGGGAUUGGCAUGGCCCACACAGAGCAUGUACCAGGUACUGCGGAGAAUGCCCGAUCAUGUGUCCGAGCUUAUUUUUCUGAUCUGCAUGAAACUCUGUGUCGUCAAGAAGAAAUGGCUCUAAGUGUUGUUGAUGCUCAUGUUCGAGAAAAACUGAUUUGGCUCAGGCAGCAACAAGAAGAUAUGACUAUUUUAUUGUCCCAAGUUUCAACAGCCUGUCUCCAUUGUGAAAAGACUUUACAACAGGAUGAUUGCAGAGUUGUCUUGGCAAAACAAGAAAUUACAAGGUUACUGGAAACAUUGCAGAAACAGCAACAGCAGUUUACAGAGGUUGCAGAUCACAUUCAAUUGGAUGCCAGCAUCCCUGUGACUUUUACAAAGGACAAUAGAGUUCACAUUGGACCAAAAAUGGAAAUUCGAGUUGUUACAUUAGGAUUAGAUGGUGCUGGAAAAACUACGAUUUUGUUUAAGUUAAAACAGGAUGAGUUUAUGCAGCCUAUUCCAACAAUUGGUUUUAAUGUGGAAACUGUAGAAUAUAAAAAUCUAAAGUUCACUAUUUGGGAUGUAGGUGGAAAACACAAAUUAAGACCAUUGUGGAAACAUUAUUACCUCAAUACCCAAGCUGUUGUAUUUGUUGUUGAUAGCAGUCAUAGAGACAGAGUGAGUGAAGCACACAGUGAACUUGCAAAGUUGUUAACGGAAAAGGAACUCCGAGAUGCUUUGCUCCUGAUUUUUGCUAACAAACAGGAUGUUGCUGGAGCUCUGUCAGUAGAAGAAAUCACUGAACUUCUCAGUCUUCAUAAACUGUGCUGUGGCCGUAGCUGGUAUAUCCAGGGCUGCGACGCUCGCAGUGGUAUGGGACUGUACGAAGGGUUGGACUGGCUCUCACGCCAACUUGUGGCUGCGGGAGUAUUGGAUGUUGCUUGAUCUUUAAUGCAGCAGUUGUUUCAAGUUUUGUGGUUAAGAGUUAUUUUGCACAUAAUAUGUUGUAUGGAAUUCUACAUCUUAAAAGAUAGUUAAUUUAGGAUUUGAGUAUACGUUUUUAAAGAAAUGUACAUUUGUUAUUUAAGUUUUCCAGAUUGUAUGUGACCCAUAUAUUGGGAAGUAGUUACAGAGAAAGGGUAACGGAAGGUUUAUUCUUACAGACAACUGAGUGCCUAAUGGAACCUCUGUGUGAAGCAAGUGAAGCAUAAAUGUUUUUUUAACUUGCUUUAUCACUGAAUUUUGGCAGUAUUUAGUAGCAAAAACGGCAGUUACUUAAUGAAAUAGAAUCCACGAACUGCAACUUUGGGUAAUGGAAUUACUUUUAUCUUUAGUAUAACAGAAUACCUUUAAUGCUAAGACUAUAAGCUAUAGAAAAUUAAUUUUAUACAGUGUUUUAUUAAAACUUUCUCCUAAAGCUUUUUGUAUAAAACCCAGUGAGUCAGAAUGAAAUAUUAUCUAACUAGGCCUGAUCGUCAGAUUUGUACUAAACUGAAGAACAAUUAAUAAAACUGUGAAAGUCAGUUAUGUUCUAGUUAUUCUUCACUUAUGAAAGACCCAUUUCCAGGGCUGAAUCUGGAUGUAAUAUUUCCUACAGAGCUCUAAAUUGGUCCUUCUACUUUUUCAACAUACUUAAAGUAGUUAGUAGUGUUUCUUUUUAAAAUAAUAUUGCAUCCUUAGUGAGAAUGACUGUAUGUGAAAUGUAGUAAGUUACACAUAGAACCAGGGUUGGCUUUACAUGAGAGAGAUCAAAGUAGAAAACUACCUUUAAGAGAAGUCAUUUAAACAGUGGAAAAUGCUUACUACAUCAAUUACUAUAAAAUGCUUUACCCAAAUAAGUGCAUUUAUCUUGACAAUAAAACAUGAUGAAGGCUCUUUAUGACAAGGCCUUGAAAAAUUAUUUAAGAGAAAUAACAUGUCUAAGGAAGGAAAAGAAAUGUUCAAAAAGUUUACAUCACAUUUAUUAUGCAGUGUUGUAAAAGUUUAAAAUUUUUGUGCUCUUUACUGUUUUUCAUUUUUAAAGGAUACUUCCUUAUUAUGGCAGUACAAUUUAUUAUAUUUAAACAUAGCUAGAUUGGGUUUUAUGGAUUUUUUUAAUACUUUUUAUAUUUUAGGAUGAAGUUGAAUCCUAAAUCUUAAUUUAGCUACUAUGUGGACUUUGAUGUGUGAUGACAAGAUGAGACAUUCAGGUGGUACUGUUUUGGUUUAGUCUCUUCAAAUGUAUUUUGGUUUAAAAACAACAAAACUUUUAGAAAACAAAGCAUUAAAAAAAAGGUCCAGUGGUAUGGGCAAUGUGUAAAUAAGUAUAUAAUUAUGUCGUCCCUUUAUUUUUCAAGUAAAAGGUCAUGCUGUUACAGGUAUAGUUUGUGAGUAUAAAGUAUUACUUAUACUUGUGAAUUAAAUUAUUUAAUAUUUCACUGAUUGCAAUAACUGUGAAAAAUAAAAAUGGUGUUACAUUUGCCUGUGAGCCCUUGAACUGUUUUCUCUACUAGGUCUAACACUAACAUGUAAACUUACUUUCCUUGUAAAUUAUUAAGUUUAUUUCACCAAUUUUGUUAAACUUUGUAAUUCACAUUCUUAGCGUAUUACUAGUUGUGCUUAGACCUAAUUGUAAUGUAUAUAAUAGUGUUUGUUUGUGAUUUUUUUUUUUAAGAAAUAUUUUUUUCAGGCUCUUACUACUAUUUGUGGUUGUAUUCUUUCAAUAAUUAUGAUUGUGCUAGUUCCCUUUGGGAAACAUCAAAUUUAAGAAUGAGAGAGACAUUUUAAAUAUAGUCUAUUAGGAUUUGCUUCCUAGCUCUGAAUUUCUGUAUUAAACCUAAAUAUUACUGUAUGAUUUAUAUAAAGCAGAUUUUUCAAGUGUAUAGCCCUGGUCUGUAAUUCUGGAAUGCAUUAUAAUCACCAGAAGCCACUCUUUGCAUUAUACAUAUGACCAGCACAGACAGCAAUAAAAUGUUAAAAUCA